AGGAAAAGUAGGAGGGGAAAAGGGAAGCCAAGAAUAGCAGGUUGGACAGAUGUGCAUAGUCAAGAGCUGGUGUUGCCAUCCAAAUCCCAAAAACACCGGUGAACAGGCACAAACAAGCCUGCAGAAUCGCCGUGUAGAGCUUCAAAGCUGAAAAAUGAGGAUACAGUGACUUCAGUUGUUGAGGAUCAACCUGAGCAGAUGUGUGAAAAGAGCAGAGAGAUGCUGUGAAGCCAAAGCAUUUCUUUCCAGCCGCUGUCAUUGUAACAUCUUCUACUCAGAAAACAUGUAUGCCUUCUAUUCUCUGCUGGUGUACAUUUUCUACACUGUUUUCAAAAAGGAGGAGGAGGCAGCGCUCGAGGGGGUGUGCAAAGAAUCCCCGGAGGGGCCUGGCCAUGUUUCCAUGGAAACAGAGAGGAAGGGGAAAGGUAGCCACACCCCUGGGUUGGGCAAAAGAGGGUGUACAAGUCUGAGUGAUUUGAGCAGCAGUAGUGAUAGUGAUGGGACGUCCCUCAGUGAUGAAGAUGAUGAGUUAAAUGAAGGUCAUGGAUUACCUGCCAAAACACCAUUAACAGCUUUCCUGUCUUUCAAGCAAGAGGCAGAAAAGAGAAGAGCUACAAAUUCUCCAGCAGAACCAAAUGAAAAGGUGACAGAGUCUCCAUUGCUGUCUGUGAUGACACACCUCCUGAGUUUCCUGGAGCAAUAUUCCCACCUGCAGCAGCUGCAGCAGCAGGCAGAUCAGUACCGUCUGCAGCUGCGCAGACACCGCGUCCAGCACCGGCGGAAAAUGAAGGCCCUGUGUGCUUCCUACCGCCAGCGCCUCAGAGACAAGAACAGUGUGAUUAACAGCCUGGAGGAAGUGAUCGCUCAGCAGCAGAGCCCAUCGUCUGAAAAUGAGGGUGACUGCAUACUUCCUGCAGCAUAUCCGGAUGGGUUGCAUAAGUUGGUUCAGUCCCUAUGCGGGCUGCAAGUAGAGAAGAGUCAGCUGAGAGGAGAGCUGCGUUUGCUUCAUUCCCAGCUGGAGCAGAGAGAACGAGAUCGGCAUACUAAAGUACAGGCUUUCCAACAGCAGAUUGAUGAGCUGAAGAGCCGUAUUGAAGAAAGAGAAGAGGAGCUGUCCAAACUUCGAGUUGCAUCGGGAGUAACAGACUCAGAAAAACGAGUGCUUUGCUUAUCAGCAGAGAAUGAGAGUUUGAAACAUAGCCUCACAGUGACACAAGGUCUUCUGCAGCAGCUGUCAGUCAUCCCUUCCCAGUCCAGCUCUGUGCUCAUCAAGGAAAAUGAGAACCUGCGCAGUCGCGUUCUGCAGCUGGAGAGUUCACUGCAGCAGCAGACAGAGCAGCUGUCGCGUCUGGAGCAGCAGAGGGAGCAAAGCAACUGGAGAAAAGCAGAAGAGCUCAGGAGACGAGAGGAGUGCGUGAGAGAGCUGAGGCUUGAAUUGGACAAAGAACGCAACAAGGAACCUGUGGUUAAAUAUGUUACUCAAACUGUGGAGCUAGAGUCACCUUCAACUCUACGCCAACUAUCCGAAGCCAGACAACAGAAUGAACAGCUUUCUGAGAAGCUAAGCAAUCAGAGAGAACGAUGCCGACAUUUGGAGGAGAACAUCAGACAUUCAGAUGAAGUCAGCUGCAAUUUACAGCACAAGAUUACUGCAUAUGAGAGGGAGAUUGGGACAUUAAGGGAGGAGCUGCUGAAGGAGAUUGGACAUCUUGAGGAAAAGAAAGAAGGGGCUGUUAAAGCGGCAGCUAACUGCUCUCAGGAGCAUCUCCAGAGCUUGCAGGAUCAGUUCACAACCCUCCAGAAGCGCCUGAGUGCUCUCCCUCCCACAUUACAUACCAUGAAGACCGAUUAUGCCAGCCUUCGCAGCCAGGUCCGCAACUUUUCUGACUUCUAUGGAACAGCUAUCAAAGAAGCCAAGAAACAGAUUAUGGCAGGUAUAAAUGAAAUGUCAGAGGCCAACAAAGAACUUAUGGAAAAAUACAGAAAGGAGGUAGCUCUCCGCAGGAAGUACCACGAGCAGCUGGUUGAGCUUAAAGGUAAUAUCCGUGUGCUGUGCCGUGUAAAGCCAGUACUGAAGGAAGAUCAACAUGAGGAAGGCCAAACAGUAAUUGUGACAACAGACCCCAAUAAUGAAUCUGCACUUACAGUUCUAAGCAAAGGAAAAGCCAAAAACUUUGAACUGGAUAAAGUGUUUCAUCCUCAAGCCACUCAAGAAGAGGUGUUCCAGGAAAUUGAGCCGCUCAUCACAUCCUGUAUAGAUGGAUAUCAUGUUUGCAUCUUUGCUUAUGGCCAGACAGGAUCUGGCAAGACCUAUACUAUGGAGGGUACUGUUGAGAACCCCGGCAUCAACCAGCGAGCCCUGAAACACCUGUUCAAUGAGAUUGAGGAAAGAAAAGACAUGUGGACAUUCACCAUCAGUGUCAGUUCAGUGGAAAUUUACAAUGAGGUCCUGAGAGAUCUGCUCAGUAAGGAUGGAGAGAAACUUGACAUCAAGAUCAACCCUGAUGGGACGGGUCAGCUCCACGUGCCAGGACUCAGGGUCAUGGAGGUCAAAAGCUUCCAGCAUAUCAAGAAAAUUUUGGCCAUAGCUCGAAAGAACAGGAUUACAUUUGGAACACAGAUGAACCAGCAUAGCUCUCGGUCUCAUGCCUUGCUCACUGUGACUGUGCUGGGCACAGACCUCGCCAGUGGAGCCAAAACCACCGGCAAGCUGAAUCUUGUGGAUCUGGCUGGUUCUGAAAGGGUGUGGAAAUCUGGGGCAGAGGGGGAGAGACUGAAGGAAGCCCAGAAUAUCAACCGCUCGCUGCUGGCUCUAGGAGAUGUGAUCCAGGCGUUGAAGGCCCACCAGACUCACAUACCCUUCAGGAACUCACGACUCACCUACCUGCUGCAGGACUCACUGGGAAAAGGCAACAAAACCGCCAUGGUUGUUCAGGUUUCUUCUCUUGAGAGCAACGUUGGAGAGACCCUGUGCUCGCUAAAGUUUGCCCAGCGAGUGUGUAAGGUGGAGCUGGGCCCUGCUGCCCGAAAAAUCGAGACAGCUGGACAUAAUGAAAGUAAAAAUUAAUGCAUACCAUCGACCCUCACAAGUAAACACCAGAAAUAGCAUCAUCUCAAGUGCAGAUGGAAAAGUCUUGCACUUUUUAACCCGUGGCUGAGGUUUCCAAACCUACUCAAGGGCUACAAUUCUGGAAACAUACGUUCUAGUUUCUUCCCGCUACCUAGCAAUGGCUUUUCUCCUUCAGCUGAUCUGCAUGUCAAAGUCUCACCAACACCAAUAUCAAGACAAGCUCUCUGUCACCAUAAGUGCAAUGUAUUACAGAAAAUGCUCAACAGGGAAGACUGGUGAUGAUAUUUCAGUAAAUCUUACAUAAAAUCUUGUGUAAUGCUUGAUAUAUACUCAAAAAACUUGAAAUUAUUUGGUAUAAUAUAUAGUCUAGGAAGUAAUGGCCAAACGAUAUAUUUUUAGUGUAUGAUUGGUGUGGACUUCUGAUAGGAUUAUGUGUGUUGAACCAGCCAGGAUGUCUUUUAUUAGGUUCAGAGUUUGUGAGUUCAGCCAGUUCAGCAUUUGCUGAUUUUAUUUCUGACGAAGGUGGUAUGUUAGCAUUUCAAGAUCCAUGCUAAUAACCGAAAGGUCACAUUUUUUUAACCCUUGAAGUGGUGAUUCAUGAACAGGAUGGUUCUUGAGUUAUUUGAUAGCACCACUCUGUUCUGAAGGAGGAAAUAAAGCCAGGAUUUGGAUAGGAAACCAUCUGCUAAAGAUAAGAACGGAGGUAUCUAUACUUCACAAUAUUAUGUGCAAUUGCACCUCUUAGUGGUGAGCAUCUCAUUUUUCAUUUAAACAUUAUUAUAUAUUUUAUUAUAUUUUCAUUAUCUAUUCAUUAUAAACAUACAAACAUCUAAAAUAUCAAUAUAUUUAAAUAAAUGAUAUAUGAUUAUUAAUUUUCUGGGAUGAUUAGGAUAAGUUUACGUUUAAUGUGAAAUGUCAUUGGUCUUUUAGGUUAAGCCAUGUUACAGAGGGGGGUGAGGAAUGCACUUUAUU